AUGAACUGCUCAAAUGCUGUUCUUGUUACCACACCGAAAAACUGCAAAAAGCUCAACUUCAAUUCCUGCGUGAUGUGUUUGAAGUCAAAAAAAAAAGGUUAUAACAUUUCAUUGCACAAAUUCCCGAAAGACCCCAACAGACGAGCAAUUUGGCUAGCAAACUGUAACUUUGUUGAAAAAGAUAUUGAACAUAAUAGAAUGCUGUGCUCUUCCCAUUUUGAAGAAGAUUGCCUACUACAGCAUAGCAACAGAAGAGUAUUGAAGAAAUCCGCCGUGCCUGUUAUUUUUGAUGAGAAAACAAAAAGAAACAAAAAGCGAAGUCAACAAUCCCAAUCUUUACAAAAAACAGUUGAUUGGUCUGCAGUUACAAAUAGUAAAUGCAAAGUGUAUUAA